AUGGCCGACUCAAACCCUCAGUCUCCCAACCCCAAAGAAGAGUCCUCUGACAACGAGCCCGACACCCAGCGCCAGCAGCCUGCUCCCGAGCAAGACGCUACCCCAGAUAACAACAAAGAAGAACAGAACGAAGACUCCGCCGAAGACAUCCAGCGUGAGCCCGAAAUGGAACGCGAGCCCCAGCAACAACAACGCCGACCACGCCGCCAGCAGCGCCGUCCCCGCCGUCAGCAGGGUGGUGAAGACGGUGGGCCCCUCGGAGGUCUCGGCGGCGUCGAUCAGGCUGGUGACCUUGUGCAGAACACAGCUGGCAAGGCCAUCAACGGCGUGACGGGCAGCGCAGGAAAGGCUGUUGGCGGCCUGCUUGGUGGUGGUAAACAAGAAGAGGAAGGUGGUGGUGGUGGUGGUAAGGGCAGCGAUGAGCAGUUGCGCCUGCGGCUGGACCUGAAUCUGGAUAUUGAGGUCCAGCUCAAGGCGAAGAUUCAUGGUGAUUUGACGCUUGGAUUAUUGAAUUAG